AUGGAAUUGCUGUGGAUCAAGGAUAUCUUCUCUAGGAAAUUUGUUGGGUUCAGUGGAGUCUCCAAGGUAGAGUUCAUUUUCCAUCUGUUUCCAAUUCUCUUGACUGCGGAUUACAGAGCACCUCCUAUCAUCUCAAAUACAACUUACAUUCCAGCCUGGAAUGCCCCAAGUGAUGUCUGUGCAAAAUUAUUUAAUAUUUCUCUAGAUCUGAGUUUCUAUCCAUUAAAAGGAAACCCUCAAGCCAGUGCCAUAGGUCAAACUGUUACCUUAUUUUACGUUGAAAAACUUGGCAUCUAUCCUCACAUAGUGACAAGCACAGGAAAGCAUAAACACGGAGGAAUUCCUCAGUUGGGAAAUAUAUCAGAACAUUUGGAUAAAGCUGAGAAAGACAUUUUGAAAUACUUGCCAAAAGAUGAACUAGGCUUGGCUGUAAUUGACUGGGAAGAAUGGAGACCUAUCUGGAUAAGAAACUGGUUAGACAAAAUAGUUUACAGAAACGAAUCAAUUAAUUUGGUAAAGAGAAAGAAUCCACUGCUUUCAGAUAAAGCUGCAGAGACUCAGGCAAAACAAGAAUUUGAAGCUGCAGGAAAGGAAUUCAUGCUGAGGACUUUGGAAUUAGGGCAGAGACUCCGACCAAACAAUUAUUGGGGUUUUUACCUUUUUCCUGAUUGUUACAAUCAUAAUUAUGGAGCAAAUAGACCAUACACUGGAGCUUGUUCAGAUUUAGAAAAGCAAAGAAAUAAUGAGCUCAGCUGGUUGUGGAAAGCAAGCACUGCCCUUUUCCCAUCCAUUUACUUGAAUACAAAAUUAAAGAAAUCUCCAAAGGCGGCACUCUUUUCCCGUAAUCGAGUUAAUGAAGCCAUUCGGCUUUCUCGGGUACGAGACCAAAAGAAUCCACUUCCGGUUUUUGUAUAUAUCCGUCUAGUUUUUACGGAUAAUACCACAGAAUUUCUUUCUGAGAUUGACCUUGUGAAUACAAUUGGUGAAACUUAUGCUCUUGGGGCCUCUGGAGUUAUAAUUUGGGGAAGCUUCAAUUUAACCCGAAGACAAGAACGUUGCUCAAUGCUGCAUGAUUAUAUGAAGAAGACAUUCAACCCUUACUUAAUCAAUCUCACUCUAGCUGCUAAAAUAUGCAGUCAGGCACUUUGUCAAGAUCAAGGAUUCUGUACCAGGAAAUUCUGGAAUUCAACAGACUACCUGCACCUGAACUCAGAGAAUUUUGUUAUUAAAUUUGAAAGCUGUGACAAAUUCAUAGUGUUUGGGCAACCCUCGGUUCAAGAUCUAAUUCAACUUUCUAACAAUUUUGAUUGUAGCUGUUUUGGUAAUGUCAGUUGUAGGAAGAAUGAGAAUAUAACAAGUAUUAAAAAGAUUAGGGUAUGUAUCAGUGAGGAAGUUUGCAUAUCAGCCCUUAUAAAUCCAGGAAGAAGGGUUCUACCUCCCAGAAAAUAUAGAACAAGACUCAGCCCAUAA